ACGUGUGUACCUCUGGUCCUUCAAUCUACUCCUUCGUCUAUAGCUUUUGCUCGUGCAACUUGCAUCUGUUUCUCAUUAUGUUUGGCCGAUGCCUUUUCCAGCUAUUCUAUGCACACUUCGCUUGGCUCCUGCGGUCUGGUCCUCACUCUGGCCCUCAGUCUACUUCUUGCUCCGUCCUAUUCCAUCCAAAUCAGUUUUGGCGCAUUUUUGUCUUCCAAGUGUGUGGUCGCAUGCUCCUCCAUUUUUGUACCCCCUCAUCUCUCUCUAAUGGCCAUUCUACCAUCUAAGACUUUCUGUGUGCUCUUUGGAGCAGCUUACUCCUUUGUUGCCUGGGCAACGUGCCUAUUACUGCAUGUGGCCCUAUACAUGCCUUCUCAGGAUACCGACUUUUCUCAGCCUCUCUAA